AUGCAGAAAGAAAACAAGUUGUGUUUUCCACAACUCCUCAACAGCUCCUGCAGGAAGCCAACACUUCACUGGUCCAAAGAUGUGCUCCUGAACACUGUGCUGUCCUGCAUCUCUCUGCUCACCGCUGCUCUAAACAUUCUCGUCAUCAUCUCAGUCUCUUACUUCAGGAAGCUUCACACACCCAGUAAUAUCCUUCUCCUUUCUCUGGCUGUCUCAGACUUUCUUGUCGGUCUCCUGUUGAUGCCAUUAGGAAUCCUUAGAAACACAGGCUGCUGGGUACUUGGUGAUAUAAUUUGUUCUCUUUAUUGGUAUUUAACCAGCAACAUUGUCUGUGCUUCAAUAGGGAACAUUGUCCUAAUAUCAGUUGACCGUUAUGUGGCUAUUUGUGACCCUCUGCAUUAUCCCAGCAGAAUUACUUUGGCGAAAGUCAAACUCAGUGUUUGUCUGUGUUGGUUUUAUGCUUUUUUCUACGUCAGUCUUUAUACAAAGGAUAUCCUACUUGAACCAGGCAGGGAUAAUUCCUGCUACGGAGAGUGUGUAUUUGUCAUCAAUGAUAUUGCUGUUGUUGUUGACCUUGUUUUUUCCUUUAUUGUUCCGGUUUCUGUCAUUGUAGUUCUGUAUAUCAGAGUAUUUGUGGCAGCUGUGUCUCAGGCUCGUGCCAUGCGCUCUCAUGUGACAUCUGUCACACUGCAGCGCUCACUGAAUCAAACAAACAAAUCUGAGCUGAAAGCAGCCAGGACUCUUGGAAUUCUUGUAGUUGUGUUUCUGGCAUGCUUCUGUCCACUCUACUACUUUUCUCUUGUUGAUGAAAAUGCAAUCAAUGAUCCAGCUGCAUCUUUUGUGGUCAUUAUAUUUUACUUUAACUCGUGUCUAAAUCCUUUGAUCUAUGCCUUGUUUUACCCCUGGUUUAGAAAUGCUGUUAAGCUUAUCAUCACUCUGCGGAUUUUCAAGUAUAACAUGAGUGAGGCCAACAUACUAUAA